AUGAAUCUCCUAAUUACAGGAAAUCUCUUCGACAUGUUCGACACAGCCGAUUGGUCUCCUUUCGAAAUGAUCAACUUUCUCUCAGGCUUUGGUGAAUUUAUGGCAAACUUCACACUUUCCCAUCCAAACUUACAAAAAAUUAUGAACAAAAAAAUAAAAUUUGAUCUUGCGAUUGUGGAAGUUUUUGGAGUUGAAGCUCUGUUUGGCUUUGGAUCUCAUCUAAAUUGUCCAGUAAUUGCGUUGGCAACUUUUGGGUCAUCAAAAUGGACCAAUGAUCUUACAAAAACUCCAAUUCCUUAUUCUUAUGUUCCACACAAUUUUGUUAAAUAUUCCGAAAAAAUGGGAUUUAUUGAGAGGACAAUGAACAUGCUUGUGAUGCAGUAUGAAUUUAUUUUUAUGGAGUUUGUGCAUUAUGGGAGACAGAAUGCAGUUUACGAUCAAUAUUUCGGAAACAAUCAGCUGUCAUUUGAUGAUCAAAUGAAAAAUGUGUCUUUAGUUCUUAUUAACAAUCACUUUAGUUCAUCAUCAGUUAGACCAACUGUCGCUAAUAUGAUUGAAAUCGGUGGAGUUCAAGUCAGUCCAAAACCAAAGCCACUUCCAAAUGACAUUCAAGAGUUUCUAGACUCAGCAACUGAUGGAGCAAUAAUUUUUUCAAUGGGAUCAAUUCUACAAGCUGUAAACUGGCCCGUCGACAAACGUGAAGCUUUCGUUGAAGCUUUUGGGAAAUUAAAAUUGAAGGUCUUGUGGAAAUAUGAGAAUGACACGUUGCCAAAUAAGCCUGACAAUGUGAUGAUCAGUCCUUGGAUCCCACAACGAGAUGUUCUAGCUCAUUCAAAUGUUAAACUAUUCAUUACACAUGGUGGAUUGUUAGGAACUACAGAAGCAAUUUAUGAAGGCAUCCCAGUUCUUGGAAUUCCAAUCUAUGCUGAUCAGCAGAUGAAUAUAGUUAAGGCUGAAAAUAUGGGAAUCGGAAUUUACAUGGACUACGAUGAUAUCGACGAGCCUUUAAUCUCUGAAAACAUCAACAAAAUCCUAAAAAAUUCAAAUUUUAAUAAAAAUGCCAAAUCACUUUCGAAAGUCUAUAAAGAUCGUCCAAUGACACCGCAACAAUCUGUUGUCUACUGGGUGGAAUACGUUAUCAGACAUAACGGAGCAAUGCACUUGAGAUCAGCAGCACAUAAUUUGAAUUUUAUUCAGCUUCACUCGAUUGAUUCUUAUGCCUUAAUUUGUUUUAUUUUGUUCAUUUGUUAUUAUUCACUAAAGAGAUUGUUUUGUAUGAUUUUUGGAGUUAGAUCGGUUGAAGAAAAGGUUAAGAGAAGCUGA